GACACACGGAGUCGAGUCAUCAGCGUGACCAGGCCGCUUAGCACGAAGCGGCCGCCGCCGGCAAUGCUGCACUCACUGAACGCACUCGCCGGCAAAAUAUCGCCGGGCGGCGGCCUAGACUCAAAUGCUAACAGACACACGUUGCCGAACAAGAAUCACAGGAACAUGUCGCCGUCCUCGCCGUACACCAAGCCGAAUGGGCUGAGUAUGAACAUCAACAAUAACAACAACACCAGCUUAAACAACAACAUCAGUAACAACAACAACAACAACAAUGAGGAGAAACCAGACAUGCCUGACCCCGAUUAUAUCAAGAUGUUCGUGGGUCAGGUACCGAGGAGUAUGGACGAGAACGACCUCCGGCAAAUGUUCGAAGAGUUUGGCAGGGUGCACCAGAUUAAUGUGCUGCGGGACAAGAUCACCGGCGCGAGUAAAGGGUGCUGUUUUGUGACGUUUUUCACGCGCAAAGCGGCGUUGAAAGCGCAAGACGCUUUGCACAAUAUCAAAACAUUGAGUGGGAUGCACCACCCGAUUCAGAUGAAGCCGGCUGAUAGUGAAAAUAGAAACGAACGCAAGCUAUUCGUGGGUAUGCUGAACAAAAAGUUGUCGGAGAACGACGUGCGAGCGUUAUUCGCUGGGCACGGCGCCAUUGAGGAGUGCACGGUGCUGAGAGACGCCCAGGGCCAGAGCAAGGGCUGUGCCUUCGUCACCUUCGUGUCGAAGCAGGCGGCCAUCGCAGCCAUUAAGGCGCUCCACCAUAGUCAAACUAUGGAGGGCUGUUCCGCCCCUCUAGUAGUGAAAUUUGCGGACACACAAAAAGAAAAAGAACAGAAGAAAUUGCAAGCGAUGCAAGCUAGUCUAUGGGGUCUGACGACGCCAGUCGCGCCGACGACAGCGUACCUUGCGUCAGAGGCGGCGCUAUCGCCGGCGACGCAGCUACAGCUGUUGCAGCAACUGCAGGCAGUGGGGCUGCAGCAGCAGCUCUUGCAAGGGCAGGGGUCGACUCUUUUGCAAGGUGUUAACUACCAAGAUAUCGGUUUCAAUGGCGCAGGGCUGUCGGGCGGUGCGGUAUCCGGCGUGGGUGGUGCCGCGGAGCAGUUGGGCGGUUUAUUGGCCCCGGUGUCGGUACAGAACCUGGCAGCCCUGGCGGCCAUCACGCAACCACCGGUCGUCACACAGCCGGCGCCGAUAGCGCCCGCCGCGCAACCGCAGCCGGCGCCGCAGUUGUGUCUUCUCGGGAAGACUAACAUCACAGGGUCGACGGCAGAGCCGCUGGGGUCGGCGUACGCGGCGCAGUUCGGGGGAGCGUUCGCGGCCGCGCCGCUCGGCUCCGUGCUGGGCUCGGCCGCCGCCGCCGCCGCCGGGAAACAGGUCGAAGGUCCUGAGGGUGGCAACCUUUUCAUCUACCAUUUGCCGCAGGAGUUCACCGACACGGACCUGGCGUCGACGUUCCUGCCCUUCGGUCACGUGAUAUCGGCCAAAGUGUUCAUAGACAAACAGACCAACCUCUCGAAGUGCUUCGGGUUCGUUUCGUACGACAACGCCGCCUCAGCCCAGGCCGCGAUACAAGCCAUGAACGGCUUCCAAAUAGGUACAAAGAGACUCAAAGUUCAAUUGAAACGCUCCAAAGAACUAUCGAGACCGUACUAGAUAUAUUCCAGGGCGGGUUCCUAGUGUAUACUAUUUUUGUUUUUCCUUAUUUUAAUUAUUUUGAUG